AUGAGUAAAGAAUUUCUGUUGAUAGAGCUAGAAGCAAUUUUGGAGGUUUGUGAGUCCGGCGAGUUAGUUAGUAAGAAACAAUUACAACAGUUGAUUAAUUCAGUUACUGGUAUUGAGAAACUAACGUCGAAGGGAAAGAAGAAACUUGUGGAACAAUUGGUUCAAGAAAGUUUGAUGAAUAUUGGUAGUUCAGUGUCUCAAGGGAAGAACAGCCGUGGUUUUAGUAAUUUGGAUAUUGGUUCAGAAGAGGUACUUCUGGAAGAGUCAAAUCUUGGGGAUUUGUCUAGUGUUACGUUUAGAGAAUUGAGAUCUAAUAGAAAUAAGGAAUCAGAAGAUUCUAGUGGUAGUUUUGGUAGUACUGAGUUGGAUAGACGCAUGUACAGUAGUAGAGGUAAAAUGAGUUUACUUAAGGAGCUUAAUAAGUAUGAUUGCAUGGAAGGGACUCCUAUAUCAGUCCAUUUACAGAUGCUUGAAGAAGUUUUUAUUUUGGAGGAUAUAGAAGAUGAUAGAAAGAAGUGUUCUUUCUUGAUGUUGACAGUUGACUUGAUCUUGAGAAAUUAUUUGGAUGGUUUAAAGAAUGAUAUCAAGUGCGAUUGGGAAGAGUUGUCGAAUCACUUAAAGGAGAGGUAUCCUGGUGAUAUAAGCGUAUUUUCAGCGAAGAGUCGAUUGAAAACUGUGAGAAUUGAUAUGUCUGCUAAUGGAUUUAGAAAAUCGGCAUUGGAGAUGGUUAAAUUAUAUCGUAUUGCAUAUCCUAAGAGAGAAGAUGAUGAAAUUAUGGACAAGUUACAAGAAUUGUGUGCUUCUUCAAUUACAAUUUGGAAUUUGUUACAGAAUUCUCAAGGGAAGGAUUUAAUGCAAACAAUUACUCAUAUAGAAUCCAUUCUUGUGAGUGAGAAUAAACGUAUGAAUUUGGUAAAAGGAAGGAAUGGUGGAAAUAAUGGAUCAGGUGGAUCAAAAGUGGUUUGUUAUUUGUGUAAAGAAAUGGGACACAAAGCUUUCAAUUGUAAGAAAGGUGCAAAGCCUGAGUCGGUAAUUAAUUGUUUUAAGUGUGGCCAGAAAGGACAUUAUGCAAAUAAAUGUACUUCAAUGGAAUCAAAGGGUUCAACUGGUAAUACUAUUAAUGCUGUUAGUACAGAUGGUGCAAAUUUGGAUGUUAAGAAUAAGAAAUGUUUGGGUAAGAGAAAAGAAAAUAAGUAUUCUGAUUGUGAGCUAAUUAAGUGUGAUGUUAUGUAUGAUAUGAAGCAUAAGUUGAAAGUUAUGGUUGAUACUGGAAGUGUUAUUAAUAUGAUUAGUCCGAGAGCUGUAGAAAGAUGUGGUUUAGUACUUCAAUCUACAAGUUUCAAUAUAUGUGGAAUUGGAGGUCAAAAGUGUUUGAAGGCAGUUACAACUAUUGAAUUGAUGGAUGAAACUUUAGAAGUUUAUGUUGGGGACAUUCCAGUAAUGGAUGUAGAUGUUUUAAUAGGAGUAGAUGCCGUUUUAAAUAUAGGGUUUGAUAAACUGUAUAAUUUAUCAAGUAGAGUAAAGAAAGUGGAAGAAUCGGCGAUGAUUCUUAAUAUUAGUGAAGUUGUGGAGAAUAGUAGAGUUUUGGAGGUUGAUAAGAACAUAAGUUCUAAGAAUCAGGAGUAUUCAAAUGAUGAAAUAUUAUCAAUGUUGAUGGAUAAAAAUCCAGAUGUUAUGGAAGCAAUAUCUUUUGGUAAAAAUGAUAUUGGAAAGUUUAAAGAAAAUGUUGAAGAAUUUGAGAUUGAUUGGAAGAAGGCAAGUACAGAAUUUAUACCAUAUAAAUUCCCAGAAAAACUUAGAGAUGAAGCUGAAAAAUUGAUACAGGAAUUAUUGGAAACGAAGACGAUAAUUCAAGGUCCAGCAAAGUUGUUACAUAAUGUCAUAUGUGUUCGAAAAAGGAAUGGAGAAUUGAGAGCUUGUGUUGAUAUGAGAUAUAGCAAUAAGUACAUGGAUAAAUGCCAAUUUCCUAUACCUCAUUUGGAGCAAUUUUUAUAUAAAACAAGAGGAUUUAAGUAUUAUUCAGUUUUAGAUUUACCUUCAGCAUAUCAUCAGUUUUACUUGGCCGAGAAUCAAAGAAAUUUAUUGGGGAUAUUUUUCAGAGGAAAAACGUAUGCUUAUCAAACACUUCCUCAGGGGUGUAAAAAUAGUCCUAUGUUUAUGCAAAUGAAGUUAAGUUCUUUGUUGGAUGAGGAUAUUAUUGCGUGGUAUUAUGAUGAUGGUAUCAUAUGUUCAAAUAAUUUUGAAGAACAUUUGGAGAAGUUAAGUAUAGUGUUAAAGAAAAUGGUUAGUGUUGGUCUAAAGAUUUCUCAUUCGAAAUCUAUUUUUUGUGCUAAGUCAGUUGAUUUUUUGGGAAAUCAUUUAGCAGAAGGUUUGGUUAUUACAGAUGGGGCAAAAAGAACUAUUAAUUCAAUUAAAGAACCAAAGACAGUUAGUGAUGUUAGAGCUUUAUUAGGUAACUUAGGAUUUUAUUCUAAAUAUGUUCCAAAUUAUGCGAAAAUUUUAUAUCCAGUUACACAGUUGCUUAAGAAAGAUGUUAGUUUUAAUUGGAACACAGAUUGUGUUGAAGCUUUAAAGAAAAUUAAGAAGUUAGUAUGUAGUGAUGUGGUUUUAUCAAGAAUACAAUUGAAUUUACCUCUAAUUAUACAAUCAGAUGCUUGUGAGAGAGGUUAUGGAGUUGCAGUUUUUCAGGAAAGUUCAGAAGGAAUAAGAAAACCAGUUUUGUUUUGGAGUAUGAAACGUCCACAUGCAAUUAAGUAUAGAAAUAGUGUUUAUUUAGAAGGUCAUUCAAUAAUAUGUUUUAUUCGAAAACAUUAUCAUUUGUUGUUGGGUAUGGAGAUUUUGAUUGAAACGGAUAAUAAACCAUUAUCCCAGGCAAUGACAAACCAAUCUCUUCAUCCACAGUUAAGUGCAUGGGCACAGGAACUUUCGUUUUUUCAAAUUGUAUGGAAGUAUAUUCCUAAAAGGGAGAAUGAUAUAGCAGAUAUAUUAAGCCGCGUUGAGAAAAGUAAUGAACCUACCUUAGAACCGAAUGAAGUUGAAUCAUUGUCAUUGAUUCAAGGGGGGGUGAGUAUGUUAGAAAGAGUUGAUGAUGAAGUUGGUUUAGAAGUAGAUGGAAAGAAUGCUAGUGAACUUCAUGGUUAUGAAAGUUUGAAUGUUAUUUUGGAGAGAAAUAUGAAAGAUGAACUAAAUGUUAUGAAUAGUUCAAAUGAUGUGUUUAAAGAAGGAAAGAAUUCAAAGUUUUUGUUGAAUGAAAAUGAAGAGAUGAAAUUAUUGGGUAAUAGAAAUGGGUUUGUUGGGUCAAUAACAGCAAUUGAGUUAAAAGAACAACAACGUAAAUGGGUUGACAAACAUAAACCUAAUAAUUUGGUAAAGAGAAAGAAUAGUGAUUAUUGGGGAAUCAUUGAUAAAGAAGGAAAAUGGAUUCCAUUGUUAACUGAAGAGUUAAUAGAUAGAGAGGCAAGACUUCUACAUAGUUUUGGUCAUUUUAAUUGGAAGAAGAUAGCAGAAAUAAUAAAACAUCGUGCCUAUCAUCCGAAUCUGUUUAAAGUAGUGGAAAUGGCUGUGAAAAAUUGUGAAGUUUGUCAGAAGUGUAAUGUUAAGUGUAAGAAGAUAAUUAAAACUAAUUGGUGUAGCUAUAUGUUACCAAGAGAGAAUUAUUCGGCAGAUAUUAUGGGUCCGCGUGAAGGAAAGUAUAUAAUUCAUAUUAUUGAUGCAGCUACGUCAUUUUGGAUGUGUGCAAUUAUAUCAAAUUGUGAUGGUGAAAGAAUUAUGAUGGAAGUAUUGAAACUAUGUUGGAGAUAUGGGUUUCCAAGUACAUGGAGAACCGAUAAUGCACCAUAUUGGAAUUUAACUUCGAAGAAGUUAAAGGAAUGCAAUUGUGAAGUUCAGACAAGUAAUGCGUAUCAUCAUGAGGGGAAUACGUUGGCAGAGAAUGCAAUUGGGAAUUUGCAACAUAUUAUGAGGAAGUUAUUAACUGAACAAAUCAAAAAUGUUCAAUCAAUUCCGUUACCGUUGGAAGAAAUUGUAGAAUGGUCUGUUAUAUUCCAUAAUGGAGUUGGAAUUGAAGGAGAAAGUCCAAGUGAAUUGUUUUUGGGACAUAAGUUAAGAAUACCUUCAAUCUUUGAGGAGCACUCAUUGAAUGAAGUGGGAACAGAUAUGUCUAGAGAUGUAGAACUUCUUAGAUUGGAAUGUUUAAGUAAGAGAAGUUCUAAGAAUAUGUUAAAUAAGAUAGACCGGGAAAGUAAAUUGUCUUCAAAGAAUGGUAAUAUGGAGAGAGUUACACAAUUGAGUGAAAAUUAUAAAAAUAUGAAUAAUAAUGGUAGUUAUUUGGAUGAAUUGAGUGGUGAGAAAGAAAUUGUUAGAGAGACAGUUGAACGUGGGACAUCGCCAAUGUUGGAGAAUAAUAAAGAUUCAAAUGAAUUCUUUAAAGUAGGAGAUCAAGUCUUGGCUUCAGCUAAUUGGAAGAAGCUUCAAGCUAAAUGGGAAGGUCCUUAUUUGAUUCAGGAGAUUAAUGGAUCAACAGCUAUACUAACUCGACCAUUAAUUAGGGGUAAACGUGGCAGACCACCUAAAACAGUUGUUUCAAGAAAUUUGGUUCAAUUAAAGAAGUUUCAAGAGGGAGACAUGUUUUGA